AUUUUACUUAUUUAAAAGAGUUUAUUUUUUGACUGCUUUCCAUACUUUCUGGGGGCCUCAAACUCAAAAUCCUAAGAUGGAGAGUUGUGUGUUCCACUGGUGGAGCUGGCCAGGCGCCCCUUAAUUGCCAUUUUGAAGCAGACUUUUAUGCAUGUUUGUUUAAAGGGCUUGGUUUCAAAGCUUAGACCUAGAACACAAAAGCUAUAUUUUAGAAAUGGGCAGGAAAUCUGUGCGUGUCUGUGAAUUCAUUGUUGCAGCUUUUCUGGUUAAAGGCGGCUGAAGACAGUUGUCAGAUCCCUGGAGGUCCUGCCCCAGGACCGUGUGGCCCAGGACGUGGUCUCCCGCCAUCAGCAUCUCCCUGCCACGACGGUGCACAUCUGACAGAGGACGAGCCUACGCAUGUCACAGCAACCAUACGUCUGUGGUUUACAUUCUGUGGGGUUUUGACAAAUGUAUGGUGUCAAAUAGCCACCAUUGCAGCAGCCUCCAGUGUCCUAUCACCGUCCUAAAGCCCCCUGUGCCUGCCUCUUCAUGCCGCUCCCUCUCUGGCCUCUGGUGACCAGUCCUCUUCUCCCCGGGCCCACAGUCAGCCUCACAGAUGGGCGGCGUUCACUUAGCAAGCUGCGGUUAAGGUUCCUGCGUGUCUUUUUCAGUCUUUAGAGCCCACUUAUUUUUGUCCCUGAACGAUAUUCCAUCGUGUGGAAACUUUGAAGGACUCGGUCCUUUCCAGUGGGCUCAGAACAGCACUCCACAGUUGGGGUGGGGCAGGGAAGCGGCCCCAGGGCCCUCCGCACCGGCCGGACUCCUGGCGGACGUGGCUGGUCUGUCUGCUUUGGAAACUACCAGAUAGAUUAGGACUGUUGCUUGCAGGCUGUUGUGUAAAGACGUAAGAGGAAAACGGUUUUGUGUGCAUUUACACAGAUACUCACCACUGUGGCUGCUCUUGGUUCGUCCCUGAUGUCACAGGUCUCCUGCGGUCCUCUCCUUUCUGUCAGAAUAAUACCCCUUUGGAGCAGGUCUCCCUGUGACCAGUCCUUUGACUUUUCCUUCACCUGAAAAUGUCUUUGUUCUGCCUUUAUUCCUGUAGGGACUGUUCAGUCCUGUAGAAUGCUGGGCAGGCAGCUCUCCCCCUUCAGCAUGAACCUGCUGUCCCUGCCCUCCGGCCCGCCACUGUCUGGCCAUGGCUCUGGGUCCUAUGGAGGGGGUUCUCCAGCCCGUGGUUGGUUCCGUUUGGCUGGCUGCUUUCAAAAUGCUUUUCCUUUUGUCUCUGGUUUUCAGCGGUUUGGUCAUGAUCUGGGCAUGGGGUUUUCAAGGUUGUUCUGUCUGAGGUUUGCUGCACUUCUUGGGUCUGUAAGUUUUAACCUUUCACUAAAUUUGGGAAGCGGUCAGCUAUGAUUUCUUAAAAAAAAAAAUGUUGUCAGCUUCACACUUCUUUGCUUCCGGGACUCAAGUGAUACAAUGUCCAAUUUUUACAUUUUUCUACAUUCCCUAAGCUCUGUUCAUUUUGGUUUUGACCCGUUUUUCUGUUUGGCGUGGAUAAUUUGUGCUGACCGUUCAUUUCCUUAUGUACCGCCACCUUCUCCCAUCUCCAUUCAGAUAGGGAGCCCAUCCAGAGAGUUUUUUAUUUCUGUUACAACUUUUUCUUUUUCUUUAUUUAAGAUUGUAUUUAUUUAUUUGACAGAGACAGAGAUCACAAGUAGGCAGAGAGGGGGGGGAAGCAGGCUCCCUCCCAAGCAGAGAGCCCGAUGCAGGGCUUGAUCCCAGGACCCUGAGAUCACGACCUGAGCCGAAGGCAGAGGCUUAACCCGCUGAGCUGCCCAGGUCCACUGUAACUUUUUCUGUUUCAUUCUCAGAUCUCCUUUUGGCUAUAAGUCCUGUCCCUGUGUUGAGACAUUUUAUCUCUCCACUUGUUUCAAGAGUAUCUGUCUUCCUCCCUGAAGCCUGGUACACCAGCUGCUUUCAGGUCUCUGACGAUUCAUUUCAGAGACUUGGGACCCUGGCAGAGUGACAGUCCUGGUUCCAGUGUCGUCUUCAGCUGAGCCAUGGCAACCCCGGAUGUGAGUGUCCACAUGGAGGAGGUGGUGGUGGUCACAACGCCGGACAGCGCAGUGGACGGGAGCAGCGUGGAGGAGGUGAAGACUGUGCUGGUGACGACCAACCUGGCUCCCCACGGGGGCGAGCUGGCGGAGGACAGCAUGGAGACAGAGAACGCUGCAGCGGCCGCGGCGGCUGCGUUCACAGCCUCCUCGCAGCUCAAGGAGGCCGUGUUAGUGAAGGUGGCUGAAGAGGAGGAGAGUCUGGAGGCUGAAAUCGUGUACCCCAUUACCUGCGGAGACAGCAGAGCCAACCUGAUCUGGAGGAAGUUUGUGUGCCCGGGUAUCAACGUCAAGUGUGUUCAGUAUGACGAGCACGUGAUCAGCCCGAAGGAGUUUGUGCACCUGGCCGGCAAGUCCACCCUGAAGGACUGGAAGAGGGCCAUCCGCAUGAACGGAAUCAUGCUCAGGAAGAUCAUGGACUCUGGGGAGCUGGACUUCUACCAGCACGACAAGGUCUGCUCCAACACCUGCCGCAGCACCAAGAUCGACCUCUCGGGCGCCCGUGUGUCCCUGAGCAGCCCCACCUCCGCCGAGUACAUUCCACUCACUCCCGCCACGGCUGACGUGAACGGGUCUCCCGCUACCAUCACCAUAGAGACCUGUGAGGAUCCCAGUGACUGGACCACGGCCAUUGGAGAUGACACGUUCUCCUUCUGGCGAGGGCUCAAGGACGCGGGUCUGCUGGACGAAGUCAUACAGGAGUUUCAUCAGGAACUGAUGGAGACCAUGAAAGGCCUGCAGCAGCGGGUCCAGGACCCCCCCCUACAGCUCCGAGAUGCCGUCCUGCUGAACAACAUCGUGCAGAGCUUCGGCCUGCUGGACCUGGUGAAGAAGGUGCUGGCGAGCCACAAGUGCCAGAUGGACCGCUCGCGGGAGCAGUACGCCCGGGACCUGGCAGCCCUGGAGCAGCAGUGUGACGAGCACCGCCGUCGGGCCAAGGAGCUCAAGCACAAGUCCCAGCACCUCAGCAACGUGCUCAUGACGCUGACCCCCGUGUCCCUGCCGCCCCCCACAAAGCGGCCCCGGCUGGCUCGAGCCACAUCCGGGCCGGCGGCCGUUGCCUCGCAGGUGCUCAGUCAGUCUGCCCAGAUCGCCCUCAGCCCCGGCGUGCCUGUGUCCCAGCUGGCCGGCGUGCCGCUCGGCAAAGUGGUGUCCGCGCUGCCCUCCCCUGUGCUGGGCAAGGCGCCCCCCCAGGCCGCUCCUGCCAGCUCCCCUGCCUCUCCGCUGCUGGGGGGGUACACGGUGCUGGCCUCGUCGGGCACCGCCUUCCCCGGCGCGGUGGAGAUCCACCCGGACGCAUCGAGCCUCACGGUCUUGAGCACGGCCGCCAUGCAGGACGGCAGCACCGUGGUCAAGGUGGUGAGCCCCCUGCAGCUGCUCACCUUGCCGGGCCUGGGCCCCACCCUGCAGAACGUGGCCCAGGUGUCACCUGGGGGCAGCACCAUCGUGACAGUGCCCACAGGGGCCGUCGAGAGCGCCGUGGCCGCCUCGGGGCCCGAGGAGCAUACGGCCACCAUUGAGGUGGCCGCCAUGGCAGAGGGCCACGAGCACAAGUAGACACUGUUGGAAGGCGAGGCCCCUCAGGGGCACAGGGUCGGCCGCCUCUCCUCAGGCCGUGGCCGGGCAGGAGCGCGGCCCCGGCACCCCGCGGGUGACGUGGGGCUGAACCAAAGAGAGGAAACACCAAAACCGAUGAGGAGGAAAAGGGAUCGCGAACGACAGACCUGUGCGGCCAGCCUCGCUCUCGCACUUCCUCCCCCUUCUUUCUUAGGAAAUACAUUUUUCCAUCCAUUGCUUAUUGACACCGUCUAGAUGUUGGGCCUGAUCAGGAGCCAGGUAGAGAGAUGAGGAGGCAGAGCCGGGGAGCGGGGCUCAGACCCCGUGGUGCAAGGGGCCUCUCGGGGGCCUGAGCCAGCUGGGGGAGGGGGUGUCACUAACACAUGUCUUGGGAACCGUCCCCAAGUGUGGAAACCCAUGGAUCCUAUGGAUUUGGUUUCUUCCCACAGUUUUCUGUAGGUUUAGUGUGGCCUGGCACCCUGUCCUCCUGUCUCCGAACAGGCCUCGGUGCUGGGCUGGGGUUCCUGGGCACCCGGGUGGGUUGGAGGGAACCCCUCUGGCACCCGCCUGAGCAGGGGGCCACAGAGCCCCAGCAGCAGGGUUUGCCGUCUGCCCACCUCCCUCCACCCCGGCAGGGGCUCGAGGGGCCCCCCCGGGGGCUGUUGCACAAGCACUGGGGGUGUUUUUAAGUGAAUUGUUUCGUAGGCUUCUAGGAAGAGGCAGAUUUAUAGCCUUUUCAGCCCAAGCAAUGCUGAGUGCCUGGCUCCCAGAAUUCGCUCUGGGUUCCAGGGUGCUUUCCACAAGCAGCUGUUGGGAUGGCCCACGGGGGACUGUAUGUGCUGGUGGUUCCCGCUGCUCCAGCCGUGAGCACGUGGCACCAGCAGACCGCCCAGGGAGAGUGAUGGUACGUGUGCCCCUGGGGCUUCGGCCCCAAGGGCUGGGAGUGUGGACAGAACCAGACAGGAACUGAGGACAAUGGCCUGGGCCAAGGGUGCUCCUGCCCCCCGGGGCUCGUGACUCCUGUGCUCAGCCUGUUGAUGCGCCACCAUGACAGCCUUAGCGCCCCUCCCCCCAAAUCCCCACGGCCCCUGCCUGGGGGUGGAGAUGCACCUGCUGGCUGACGCUGCUGCCUGGGGCCUUCGUCUGCGCCUGCGCCAGGGCCAGUCGUGGUGGGGGCUGGGAUGCUCACUGGCAGGGCCAUGUGUGGGCCAUCGGCAGGUGUGAUUUUGUAAGCAGGAGGGAGAGUGGGCAAGGGUCCCCUGAAGGCCUGGGGCCGUCUCCGGCAGGGCCCCAAGGCCCGUCUGAGCCCUUGAGAGGCAGGUCCCCUUAGACCCGCCAGUUCCGUUGCCUGCUGAACACCCUUCUCGGGGAGAGGGGGAGGGGGCUCCGAGGACAAGCUGCCACCCCACUGUGCUUUGAAGGGAACUGGGCUCUGUGCGUCCUUCCAUCCCUCAGGUGCCCCAAACCUACCGGAGCGGGCCUCGCCCCCCCCAAGUCAAGCCACUGAGGUGGUCUUUUUCUGUUUUCUUUCUGUUGCCUACUUGUUUGCUGUUGUCAUGGGUCAGCUGGUUUCAGCAUGAUGUUUACUUGCUGGUAUAUGUCCUCAACCUCACCGAGUCCUGAUGCUGUUGGGCCCGCGACCCCCGGGGUGAGCCCCGCCUGGCCUGGCCUGUCCAUCUGCACCAGCUCAGACCAUAGGAGAAAUCACGUGGCCGAUAAAACUGGGUCUUGGUGGUGGUUGCGGCCCCCUUUGAAGCCGCUGCCCUGCCCUCAGACCGCAGGGGUGUGGGAGGGAGGUGCGCCUCGGGGCCAUAGAAGCAGAAGCCACAGCUUCCGAAGUAACCAUGAGGGCAGCCCCUCCCUCCUCCCACCCGGGCUGGGGGCAGACACCUGUGCCUGGAGGGGCCCUGAGAGGGGAAGGGUUUCUGGAGCUCUAUCCCUGCCGCCCCCCCUUUCCGGGCGCCUCAGGGCAGGACCACGGGUGGCUUCUGGGGAGCAGGACUGGAUUGGUUUUUUCUCUGGGUGCCAAGCACCAGAUUGGGGCAGCCUGGUGAGGGAAGCAUCCGGGUUCUACUUUGUAUGUUGUUUUGCAAGUAUCUGCUUGGUACUUUGAUUUACAGUAAAGACAUUUUUCAUAAUGUG